AUGUCUAAUGAUAAGGCAAAUAAAGACACAAAAGAAUAUGUAUUAAUCGCAGAAAAGAAAAAUGCUCUUGAAAAUAAUGACAAGUCAAAAUCCAAAUCUAAAUCUAAAUCUAAAUCAAGAUCAAGGCCAAAAUCAUUCUCAAUUUCUCUCACAAAAAUCAAUUCUAGUCAAACUUCCAAUUCAACUACAAAUUCAUUCAAAAACACUCAACUUCAGAAUGAAAUCUCUAGAAAAUUUCUUCAAUGGAGCAAAAAGGGAUUGUUCUUUUUGAAAUCAUCUCAAGAAGAAAAGAAAUCAAAUAAUAAGAGAUUGUUAAUUAGAAUAAAGUCUCACAAUGAUAAUAACCAUAAUAAUGAUAAUAAAAACAGAGUGCACGAUAUAAGCAGUCCAGUUUUAAUCAACUCAGAGUCAGUGAUAAAGCCUUAUCAAUUUGUUACUAAAUUUGAUUCCAAUUCCAUUCCUGCUGAUGAUUCUUUAUUUUCAAUUAAGUCAUUAUCAGCCGAUCUGAAAAAUGAAAAUAAUAAUAAAAAUAAUGAUAAAGUAAUCAAAAGAAAACAUAGUUCAAUGUUUGUUCAAAGGUCUCCCAAAUCUUUGUAUUUUCCAAGUUCAAAUGAAAAUAGGUCUUAUAAGAUUAAUCAUCCAAAAUCAACUUCGCUUUCAACGAUUUCUCUAUCUAAUCUCGAAUUUGACGUUAUUGAUUAUAAAAGUAUUACUUGUGAUAAUGAUGAUAACCAACUAUCAAUCAAGAACAAUAAGAAUUGUAUCUUUGUAGGAUCAACUAUAACAAAUGAGCAGUUGGAAAGAGAGAUAUCUGAGAGCAAUAUAAAUGAUUUGCUCGCAAUUAAUAACAAUGGUAUUAGCAAUUGUUCACAUAAGUAUAUUGAUCUGGACAAUGAACAGAACAUUCAUAAUAGUAUUAGCCAAUCGACUAUUCGAUUCCCCAACCAGAAAUUGAAGAGCAUUUCACCAAGUUACCAAAUGAAAAAGAAACUCAUCAAUUAUAACUAUUGUAAUGACAGCUAUUUCUCAGAAAAUGGGAUCUUUAGCAAUAUGGAUGAAUUGUUUGAAAAUAAUGAAGAUGAUGAAAAGCCUCGAAAGAGAGCAAGUUUCCAUUAUAAUCCUAGUUCAAUUAAUAGAACCUCUUUACUUUUUACUUGA